CUUUUCUCCAUCUCUCCUUUUCUGACAUUCUUUCUCCAGUUUUUGUUUAGUGACACUUUUUGCCUCUGAUUCACUAAUUUUAACUGCAGAGCUGACAUGAUUUUAAGUCGCCUUCUUUGCCGUCUCCACCUCUAGCAGGUGCAGGGGGCCCUCUAGUGGUGAACACCAGGAAGUGCGCUCUUUAGUUCCGCUCUGUGCUACACCGUAAUCAGUCCGCCGGGAAGCCGGAGCAAGGAGAGCAGCAGCAGCAGCUCCAGUUGUCCCCGCAGCUGAAGAAAGGUUCCAUCUCACAACAUCUCUACCAAGAGCUUCAGCUGAACAAUCAGAAGACCUGAAGACCAGAGAGGUUCUGCAGUUUAUCAGGCAGGAGCAGGAGGAUGGAGAACCAUGAGAUAACAAUCUUAGUGAAGGAGGAAAACCAUGAGAUGAAGAUUGAGGUGAAGGAGGAGAACCAUGAGAUGAAGAUGGAGAAGUGUGAGAUGAAAAUUGAGGUGGAGGAGGAGAACCAUGAGAUUCCAAUUGUAGUGAAGGAGGAGCAGAAUGACCAAGUCAAAGUUGAGGAACACCAGGAGGAACACCAGGACAAUGAACCAGACCUCCACGCUCUGAACACUAUGAACCGGACCGACUCAGCCGCCUCCUCUGGUCCCAGUGACCUACAGGAACAUGAAGAUUAUCACACUGGUGGAGCCCUCACCGCACAGCUUAAAGGAACGGUGCAUGGUCAGUCUUUGGAAAAGAAAUACAGCUGUGUCCAGUGUGGAGCAACUUUUGACACUAAAGGAAAUUUCACGGCGCAUCAACGACUCCACAUUGGAGAGAGACCAUACAUCUGUGACCAGUGCAGAACAGCUUUUAAAACUAAGAAUACUUUAAUGGUGCAUCAACAGAUCCACAGUGAAGAGAGACCCUACACCUGUGACCAGUGUGUACUAGCAUUUAAAACUCAAUCUACUUUGCUGAAACAUAAACGGAUCCACACUCAGGAGAGACCAUACUGCUGUGACCAGUGUACUGCAAGUUUCAAGACUAAAGAUUAUUUAAGAAUACAUCAACGGAGUCACACCGACGAGAGACCAUACAGCUGUGACAAAUGUGAAGCAGCUUUUAAAACUAAACAUGAUUUAUUCAGACAUCAACGGAUCCACACUCAGGAGAGACCAUAUUGCUGUGACCAGUGUUCUGCAACUUUCAAAACAAGUUAUGACUUAAGAGUACAUCAGCGGAAUCACACCGACGAGAGACCAUACAGCUGUGACCAGUGUGGUGCCGCUUUUAAAACUAAAUCUAGUUUACCAAAACAUCAAAGGAUCCACACUGGGGAGAGACCAUACAGCUGUGACCAGUGUGAUGCAACUUUUAGAACCAGAACUGUUUGCAAGAUGCAUCAAAGGAUCCACACUGGAGAAAGACCUUACAGUUGUGACCAGUGUUCUGCAACCUUUCUAAGAAAAUAUACCUUAAAGAUGCAUCGAAGGAUCCACACUGGAGAGAGACCAUACACAUGUGACCAGUGUGAAGCAACCUUCAAAACCCAAACUGAUUUAAAUAAACAUCACCGUAGACACACUGGAGAGAGACCAUACAGCUGUGGCAAGUGUGCUGCAACAUUCAAAACAAUAUCAGGUGCAAGGGAACACAGACAGAUCCACGUGGGAGGAAGACCAUAAAAUUGUGGCCAGCGUGCUGCAACUUUCAAAAUCAAAUGUCAUUUAAAUAAACAAAUGAAGUCAGGUUUAAUGUUACAUUAACAAACUCAGUAUACCUGAGAUGGAAGUGGACUGCCUUACAACAAUCACAUGUAUGAGAUGUGAGCUGUAUGGAAAAUUAUGACUAAGGGAGUGAUUACGUCCAUUUUUGCUAUGUGCUCUCACCAUGGCUCAACGCCUUUCUUUAUGCCAUGUCCUUGACGUACUGACUUGUUUACAUGUUACAUUACUUUUAUUCUUAUUUUAACUGUCCUGCUCCACUGAGUUACGUAGUUACUGUUGUUUUAAAAUCAGCAUAGAGCAUAUAAGAUCAGUCUGUCAGUGGUAAGCCACAAUAAAAGAUUCUCUCUAAUGUUAAAAGAAGCAGCAGAGACUUAUCUGAACUAUUUCAUUAUGAUGUGCCAUUUGGGCACAUCAACAGGGGGUCUGUAAAUGACUAUGAGAAUAAAUAUGCUGGAGGCUGCAGAAAGCAGUUAGCAGGGAGACAACAGAUGACCCACAGACACUGAAGCUGACAGAUCGGACAAAAUGACUCCUGAUUGAGGAGAAGGAGUCAUUUUAGUCAUUUCCAGAAUAUGAUUAGAUAUUGGACACCACUGUCAUUUCCCCCGUCUCACUUUCUGUGAGGUAUGAGAGUCCAGUACUGAGGCUGCAGCAUCCCUUCUGGCUUGUUAGACCAAAUAUGUUAAAAUAUAGUUUCUGUUCGAAUAGUCAUUUUAUCACAAAAUAAGCCUACAAUAAAGAUAUCCAUUGUUUUCAAGUUAAAUAACCUGGGAGAACUCAACUGGAUGCAGUUAAAUUCUUUACACUAAGGUGAAUAAAUGUGGUGGAUUACAGUGCAAUGUUGCACAAUAAUGACAAUAUUGACAAAUAUGUCUAAACUAAUAGUUUAACUCUCUCAGUUUUUAAUUUUAGUUAUGUACCUCCAAUAAGAAAGGAUGUAUGCAAUGUUGCUAUAUAAUGCAGGUUAUCUAAAGCUGUAUUGUAUAGAAAACCAUAUCUAUAUGUAACCCACAAUUAGUCAGAGACUUUUAUUUUGUUCAGGCCCACUUCCUGUGUGGGCCUGAAAAAGAGGCGGGGCUUCUUUAAAGCCCCGCCUCAAGCACACAGUUAAGGAUCCUCACCUGUUUCCACUGUGAUUGUGGCUUGCUGCUGACGUCUUCUCCACCAGAGUUACAUCUGAAAUCUUUAACCCUAUUGAUUUGAUUGCUGGGUGAGUUUAUUUGAUAUUUCUGCUCGAUUGCUGAAUAGAGCGUUGUUUUAUUAGAAGCAUUGUUUACCUGGACCGUCGCUGGGAUUCUGUCAGAGCUGAUUGUGGCUAAGUACACCCCACUCUCUUUGAAAAGGUAACUUGCUUGCUGAAUUUUGUGCGUAUUUGACACGUUUACCUUGAUUCUGAAGCAGUGAUGAAACAAGAUUGAUCUGUAGCUACACUUAAGUUGAUAUUGUGCAGUAUGUAUAUUUAUUUAAUUUUUACCUUUCUCUCACUCUGAGUAUUUGACAAUUAAUUAGUGCUAUUUUCUUGAUUGAUAUGUUGAAAGUGCACUUUAACUUUAACUUUAAAUUGAUUAAGCUUAAAAUAUAUACUUUUUUUUUGUUUUACUUUAUUUGAAUUAUGGUUAAUUUAACCUAAUUGAAAUGUUUGGCUAUGGAAUAUAAUUAUGGCAUUUGCAUUUAGUAUGCAUAAACUAAAUGCUUACAUUUAGUAAUUAUUUCCUGUGUAUUAUAUUUGCAUUUAAUUGUUUUUUAUUAAACUUAAUGGGUUUUCUGACCUUUUUAGGUCAGUUUUUCCCCCCCCCUGUCGGACCAGAUCCUCAUAUGGAUCUGAAGAUGGCGAGCUAGAUAUGGACUUUAUGAUUUUGUUUUGAGUUAAUCCUCCUGUGUCUUUUGUGUUGCUGUAAUUGUCUGUUUUUAUUCAAUCACCUAAAAUACAUCCACCAAACCUAAAAGCACAGCCUCCUGUUUUUUUCCACACCUCAGGCUCCUUAAAAGGACCCUCUUCUGGUGCUGCUUUUGUAGCUGCAGUUAGCUGCCUAGCCCAUAAGUGUUACAUAUAUUACUCUAA